AUGGAUGCCGCUGUGACUGAAAGUGGACUAAACGUGACUCUCACCAUUCGGCUUCUUAUGCACGGAAAGGAAGUAGGAAGCAUCAUUGGGAAGAACGAGGAGUCGGUUAAGAGGAUCCGCGAGGAGAGUGGAGCGCGGUUCAGCAUCUCGGAGGGGAACUGCCCGGAGAGAAUCAUCACUCUGACCGGCCCCACCUGUGCCAUCUUUAAGGCUUUCGCUAUGAUGAUCAACAAGCUGGAGGAAGAUAUCAACAGCUCCAUGACCAACAGCACCGCAGCCAGCAGGCCCCCGGUCACCCUGAGGCUGGUGGUGCCGGCCACCCAGUGCGGCUCCCUGAUUGGGAAAGGCGGGUGUAAGAUCAAAGAGAUCCGCGAGAGUACGGGGGCGCAGGUCCAGGUGUCGGGGGACAUGCUGCCCAACUCCACCGAGCAGGCCAUCACCGUCGCUGUCGUGCCGCAGUCUGUUACCGAGUGUGUCCAGCAGAUCUGCCUGGUCAUGCUGGAGACGCUCCCCCAGUGUCCGCAAGGGAGAGUCAUGCCCAUUCCGUACCAGCCCAUGCCGGCCAGCUCCCCAGUCACCUGCGCGGGCGGCCAAGAUCGGGGCAGCGACGCUGCGGGCUACCCCCACGCCACCCGUGACCUAGGGGUACCACCUCUAGAUGCCUGCUCGACUCAAGGACAACACACCAUUUCUCCGCUCCAUCUGGCCAAGCUGAACCAGGUGGCAAGACAACAGUCUCACAUUGCCAUGCUGCACGGCGGGACCGGAUUCGCCGGAAUUGAGUCCAGCUCUCCAGAGGUGAAAGGCUAUCGGGCAAGUUUGGAUGCAUCUACUCAAACCACCCAUGAACUCACCAUUCCAAAUAACCUAAUUGGCUGCAUAAUCGGGCGCCAAGGCGUCAACAUUAAUGAGAUUCGCCAGAUGUCCGGGGCCCAGAUCAAAAUUGCCAAUCCAGUGGAAGGCUCCUCUGGUAGGCAGGUUACUAUCACUGGCUCUGCUGCCAGUAUUAGUCUGGCCCAGUAUCUAAUCAAUGCCAGGCUUUUCUCUGAGAAGGGCAUGGGGUGCAGCUACAACAAUGAAGGCCGCACCAACCCCUCAAAAUGCGACACAAUAGCCUUCUUAUUCCACUGCUUACAAGGCCAGCAGGCAGCUAGUCCCAGAAAUCUCAGCAUGUACUCAGGGGCAUACAGCAGAGUGAGAGGCUACCGCUUCCCAAUUGCUGUGCUUCUGCGUUCUGACGCCGCAGGAGAAAAAAACGGAGUGAGCCAAACAGAAGGCGGUGGGAAGCUUGGACCGCGCGGACUGGAGCGCGUGCCUGGGCAUGGACGGCCGAGAGCAUCCCGCACACGAAUCCCCAGCUCGCGCGUGGACCCCGCGGACCUCCACCCCGGGAGCCACAAGCCGGGCACGGCAGGAGGGGCCGAGUCUCUGCCAGCGUCUCGGCGGGGCGGGCGGGGAGCCUCUCUCCAGGUCGCUCUCCGAGGGGAGAAGCGAGGAGCGCCCCCCGGGAUGCCCCGGCCCCACACCGCGGGCGGGCAGGCCGGGGCUCGGAAAUUCUGCGCUCGGCCCCGCGGCUUCCCCCGCCCGCCGCUCUCCCCGAGUACGCGCGGGGCAACAACAGGCACCUGA